CACACUCCGCCCCCCACAGCCCUGGUCCCCACCCCUAGAAGACAGCGGAACUGGGAAGAGAAGAGGCCUGUGGACAGAAAAGUCAUGUCCGACUCCCUGGUGGUGUGCGAGGUGGACCCAGAGCUGAAGGAAAAGCUGAGGAAAUUCCGCUUCCGAAAAGAGACGGACAAUGCGGCCAUAAUAAUGAAGGUGGACAAGGACCGGCAGAUGGUGGUGCUGGAGGAGGAAUUUCAGAACAUCUCUCCAGAGGAACUAAAAAUGGAGUUACCGGAAAGACAGCCCAGGUUCGUGGUGUACAGCUACAAGUACGUGCACGAGGAUGGCCGCGUGUCCUACCCCUUGUGUUUCAUCUUCUCCAGCCCCGUUGGCUGCAAGCCCGAACAACAGAUGAUGUAUGCGGGGAGUAAAAACAGGCUGGUGCAGACGGCAGAGCUCACAAAGGUGUUUGAAAUCCGAACCACUGAUGACCUCACCGAGGCCUGGCUCCGAGAGAAGUUGUCUUUCUUUCGUUGACCUCUGGGCUGGGGACCUGAAUUCCUGAUGUCUGAGUCCCAGAGGAACUGGGGACUCGGAACUCUAGGACCUGAACAUCCGAGACUGUAAAGAAAUUAAAAUGCAGAAACUCGAA